AUGGCAGACUUGUUCGAUAGGUUGGGUGGUGCCACUGUGUUCACCAAAAUAGACCUGAAAACAGGUUAUUGGCAAGUCCGAUUUACUGAAGGAGAUAAACACAAGACGACCUGUGUAACAAGAUAUGGGUCGUACGACUUCCUGGUCACUCCAUUCGGCUUGACUAAUGCUCUAUCCACAUUUUGCACAUUGAUGAACCAAGUCUUCCGAGAGUACAUUGACGAGUUCGUAGUAGUCUACUUGGACGACAUUGUGAUAUAUAGAAAAACAUUAGAGGAACACAUGAAGCACCUACGGAAGGUCCUAGCCCGACUGCAGGAACACGAACUAUAUGCGAAGCUGUCCAAGUGCGCCUUCUCCCAAAAGAAGAUUGACUUCCUCAGACAUAUCAUCGAGGAAGGGCAGAUAAAGAUGGACCAAGAGAAGAUUCAGGCUGUCAUAGAUUAG